GCUGCCGGUGGUGGUGUCAUGAUCGGGUAUUGUUUAUGGCGAAUAACAGCUAUAACAACAUUUGUUAAGAACAGUGACCAAUAUUUGGUCUAAUUUUUGGUCCUUUGAUUUUCGAGAACUUUGUACGGUAUCCGUCAUUUUGAUUUUUUUUUCCCACAGACCAUGGAGUCACGUUUCGAGGUGCUGGAAGAGGAGACGCACUACCCUGCGACGCACCCCAAGAGCGUCGAUAAGCAGGCAAACAACCAGCCAGAAGUGGCGCUCGAAGAGAAGGAGGAAGAGACGCUGGAGCAGCAGCUAGAACGUCUCGUGCUAAGCGUCAAGAACGACGACGAAACUGAGGAAGCGCAAGGAGACGAGAAAGAUGCUUCUAUAGACAACACGGAGAACGUGAAGAAGGCGUCGGGCGCCAAGGAGCUUGGUAACAAAUUUUUCUCGCGAGGUAGCUACCUGGACGCCAUUGAGUGCUACACAACGGCGCUAAAACUUUGCCCAGCCGAGGAGGAAUAUGCAUACAACCGGGCGGUGUACUUUAGCAACCGGGCUGCGUGUCUGAUGCAUCUGGGACGGACUGAGGAGUCAGUGGACGACUGCACGCAGGCCGUGACGCUGUCGUCUACAUACGUGAAGGCGCUCUUACGGCGAGCGGAGGCGCUCGAGAAGUUGGAUAGACUGGAGGAAGCUCUGGCAGACUAUGACACCGUACUGAAGAUCGACCCGACGGUGCGGACGGCGGUGAAGGGCCAUGAGCGACUACAGAAGAUCGUACACGAGCGGCAGGAGAAGAUGAAGGCGGAAAUGCUGGACAAGCUUAAGGGAUUCGGUAAUACGAUCCUGGGCAAGUUCGGGCUAAGCACCGACAACUUCCAGAUGGUACAGGACCCCGCUACGGGAUCGUACAGCAUUAACUUCCAGCAGAACCCAGGACAGCAACAGCAACAGCAACAGCAGAAGUAGACAACGAGUCAUACGCGUAUAACGUGGUUCUGUUAAAAAAAGUUGACUUCUGGCCCC